CCCAGCCCCUGCAGCUUCCGGCGGAAGUUACCGACGCUGCCGCGGUUCGGCUGCGUCAUCCGGUCUCACACUUCCGGUGGGAAGAUUCCGGCCGGGAGUUCCCCAGGCCGAGCAGACCUAGGGGCUGGUGAAAGCUGCAUCCAGUUAACCAUGGGAAGGCUCAGCACCAGCCACCAGCCCCUUAGGUGAGGACUCCGCCUGAGGCUCCGCUGAUGGUUCCAAGUCAUGGAGCUACAGAGAGCUCCUCCAGUCAGGAGACGUUCUUGGUGAAAGCUGUGGUCCCGCUCCGCCGGCUCUUCCUGCAAGUUGUCUUCAAGAGGGGUGCCUGCCCCCGCUGACUCAGGAGCUCGGGUGCUGCAGCCGCCACGAAUGGGGAGGUGGGCUCUCGAUGUGGCCUUUGUGUGGAAGGCGGUGUUGACCCUGGGGCUGGUGCUUCUCUACUAUUGCUUCUCCAUCGGUAUCACCUUCUACAACAAAUGGCUGACAAAGAGCUUCCAUUUCCCCCUCUUCAUGACGAUGCUGCACCUGGCCGUGAUCUUCCUCUUUUCCGCCCUGUCCAGGGCGCUGGUUCAGUGUUCCAGCCACAGGGCCCGCGUGGUGCUGAGCUGGGCGGACUACCUCAGAAGAGUGGCUCCCACAGCUCUAGCGACGGCACUUGAUGUGGGCUUGUCCAACUGGAGCUUCCUCUAUGUCACUGUCUCGCUGUACACAAUGACCAAAUCCUCAGCUGUCCUCUUCAUCUUGAUCUUCUCUCUGAUCUUCAAGCUGGAGGAGCUGGGGCUGCUGACCCCAGACUCCGAAUGUGAUGAACCCUUGACCCUGAAGACCCCUAAGUUAGCUGCCACUGCCUCCCCAUCCUCCCAGCGCGCUGCACUGGUCCUGGUGGUCCUCCUCAUCGCCGGGGGUCUCUUCAUGUUCACCUACAAGUCCACACAGUUCAACGUGGAGGGCUUUGCUUUGGUGCUGGGGGCCUCAUUCAUCGGUGGCAUUCGCUGGACCCUCACCCAGAUGCUGCUGCAGAAGGCUGAACUCGGCCUCCAGAAUCCCAUUGACACCAUGUUCCACCUGCAGCCACUCAUGUUCCUGGGGCUCUUCCCUCUCUUUGCUGUAUUUGAAGGUCUCCAUUUGUCCACAUCUGAGAAAAUCUUCCGUUUCCAGGACACAGGACUGCUCCUCCGGGUACUUGGGAGCCUCUUCCUUGGCGGGAUUCUCGCCUUUGGUUUGGGCUUCUCUGAGUUCCUCCUGGUCUCCAGAACCUCCAGCCUCACUCUCUCCAUUGCUGGCAUUUUUAAGGAAGUCUGCACUUUGCUGUUGGCAGCUCAUCUGCUGGGCGAUCAGAUCAGCCUCCUGAACUGGCUGGGUUUUGCCCUCUGCCUCUCGGGAAUAUCCCUCCAUGUUGCCCUCAAAGCUCUGCAUUCCAGAGGUGAUGGUGGCCCCAAGCCCUUGAAGGGGAUGGGCUCCAGCCCCGACCUGGAGCUGCUGCUCCGGAGCAGCCAGCAAGAGGAAGGUGACAAUGAGGAGGAGUACUUUGUGGCCCAGGGGCAGCAGUGACCAGCCAGGGCGAGUGGCUUAGAAGCAGGCCACUCCCCAACCUGCUGCCAGCACUUACUGUGCUCAAGCCUCGGGGGUUCUUCACGGUAUCUGGGAGCUGCUGAAUCGGACAGAGAGUCACCAUGUGGUGGGGCCAGGCCAGAGACUCGUGACUCCUACCCCUCCCUUGGGAGCUUGGUCACACGAGAGGCGAGCACCAGGCCAGCAUGGGUCUUGGCCAGACCUGGGCACAAGCUGUGCUGGAAUCACAGCAGGAGAAGGGAGUAGGCUGGUUCUUCCCAAGCUCUGACAGCCAAGACUCAUUCCGAGGUACAGCAGCUUUCUAAGGGGACCAGGUUUGGAUUGUGGAGCAAUUGGGAACAGGACCUGGAGGGGCUAGGGCCUCACCACCUGGGCAGCAUCUUCUCAGAGAGCAGAUUUAUUUAUAGUUUGGAAAUAAAUGGUUCACAGUCCA